AUGCCGGUCAGUUUGAAACCACAGACCUCGGCUUUGCCUCGAAUUUUCACGUUUCCACAGAGGCCUUUCCAAUCCACUUCGGGGAGCCGCCUUGCGCAAUUGCCAUUGACUUCGCGAUUCGGACGUCAACACCUAGCCAGACCCUGCCUCCGGAAGUUCUACUCUCCCUCCAAAUCGUCAAAUUACAGACGCUUCCAACCACUCGUAUCACCACAUUCACCGGGCUUCCCCAACCUCAAGACCCCACGUGUGCUCCUUGAGUCUCGAUUUGACAUCGUCCUCUGCUCUGUCGCCCUUGCUCUUGCGUGCGCCUACGGCUUGCUAUAUCAGCAAAUCACCGCUUCCAACCCUACCCCUCAGCCAGAUACUGAAAUUCCAAAACUUCGCCCAUUAGACACAAUGGCAACGGACACACCCCCUGGGAGACCGGGUAACCUCACACCGGAGCAAGAAGAGAAGUUGCGCCAACUGUGGAAUCUCAUUCUGUCCCUGGGAGAGGAGAACAACACCGCCGCUGCAGACAGCGCGUCCGCUAGCAUAGCCCCGAGCGAGACAUCGGCUGCAGUGAAAGGGGAGAAGCCUAAGAAGAAGCGUACUUCGCUCUUCAGCCGCAAGGAUAAGAAAGACGGCGCAUCGUCGUCGACCGCCGUUCCAGCUGGCAUCAAAGAAGACGCCGACGACAAGUAUGGUCAAACCCAACAGUUCAAGGAGGCUCUGGCCAAUCAGAGUCCCGAAGCCUUGCGCGCUACGAUAUGGUCCAUGGUCAAGCAUGAUCACCCUGAUGCUCUGGCCCUACGGUUCCUGAGAGCCCGGAAGUGGGACGUUGAAAAGGCCUUCGUCAUGAUGAUCUCCACGAUGCACUGGAGAUUAACGGAGAUGAAGGUUGACGACGAAAUCAUGAAAAGCGGCGAGGCUGGUGCUUUGGAAGCUGCACAAAACUCCGACCCAAAGAUCAAGCAGCUGGGAGAGGACUUCAUGACCCAGGCCCGGUCAGGUAAAACUUUUAUUCAUGGCCUCGACAAGGGAGGACGCCCCAUCUGCCAGGUCCGGGUGCGUAUGCACAGGCAAGGGGAGCAGUGCGAGGAGAGUCUUGAGAAGUAUACUGUCUUCUUGAUCGAAACAGCUCGCAUGGUUCUGGCUCCUCCUGUUGAUACUGCUACGAUUGUGUUCGACAUGACCGGCUUUUCACUGGCAAACAUGGAUUACACCCCGGUGAAAUUUAUGAUCAAAUGCUUCGAAGCAAACUACCCAGAAUCUCUUGGUGCCGUCCUGGUGCACAAGGCCCCUUGGGUCUUCCAGGGUAUCUGGAAGAUUAUCAAGGGAUGGCUGGAUCCGGUUGUAGCUGCCAAGGUCCAUUUCACCAACAACGUCAAAGAAAUGUCAGAAUUCAUUGAGCCAAGCCAUAUCCUCAAGGAGCUCGACGGCCAGGAGGAUUGGGACUACAAGUACCUGGAGCCAGUCGCCGGGGAAAAUGACAAGAUGAAGGAUACGAAAACGAGAGACGUGCUGCUUGCUGGCAGGGAAGACCUCAUCCACGAGUACGAGGAGACAACCCUGCAGUGGAUCAAAGAGGCUGGAACAGACAAGGAGGCGGCCAUAAAGGCACAGCGCGAGGACAUUGCUCGCAAACUCAGGGAUGACUACUGGAAGCUCGACCCUUACCUCAGAGCAAAGUGCGUGCUCGAUCGGACAGGCGUUAUCCAGGAUGGUGGCAAGAUUGAUAUGUACUCGAAGGGGCUGCCCGCUCCCGCCGCUCCUACUCCCGCUCCCGCUCCCGCUCCCAACCCCGCUCCCGCGCUCACCAACGGAGCACCCGCGGUCGAGACGUCGGCCGAUGAUGUAGACUAG